AUGGAGACGCGGAGUAUAAAAAGAUUGAGACAAAGGCAAGGCAGCGACAACAAGAAAACAAAUUUGAUGGACGUCGAAAACGAUAACCUCGUCGACAUCUUUUCGAAGCUGCCGGCAAAGUCACUUAUUCAACUCGGAUGCAUGUCGAAAACCUUGUCAAACAUCGUCAGCUGCCCCUAUUUUGUCAAGCAACACAUGCAUUUUCUGACUGCGACAAACGCCGCUUCUGAAGUGCCUCGGCUUAUGGUUGUGGCACAAUCAAAGAACAGGUACGCUGGGGAGCUGACGGUGUUGCAAUCACUGCAAUACGACGGAACUUCUUUGGAAAAGAGCAGGCAUACCAUUGUCUCAAAGGUUAUAUUUCGCAGGCAAAAUUAUUCUUUUGACCUAGAGUUUCUUUUCUGCAACUUGAUUUGCUUGAAAGACAGCAAUUAUGGUUAUGGACGCCGGUGCUUGCUUUUGAAUCCGUUGAAGGCAGAAGCUGUUAUACUCCCAGUUGAUAACACCAUUCGCCCCGAUGUUCCAGCAAAUCCAAUUUCCAAAUCCUAUGAAUAUUGGUAUGGGAUGGGAUUCGAUAAUGCGAACAACAAGUAUAAGAUUGUUCGUGUUUUUGGAUACAGGUUUGGUUAUGAUUUUGGGUAUACUGGGUACAAAUAUUUGGUGUCUCAUGUCCAUGAGCUGGGAACAAGCUCAUGGAGGGAGAUAGACUCAGUUCCUCCUCGAAAAAUAACUGAUAAGAAAGUGUCAGCAUAUGGAGAUAUGCAUUGGUUAACAACGCACUCAAGAAGAGUUCGAGAAGAUAUCUUCUUCUACAUAAGCAUAUUAACCUUCGACUUCAAUAAGGAGAAGUUUUGUUGGAACAUUCCUGUUCCCCCCUCAAGCAGAGGGCCGCGUAACUUCCCUCCUGUCGAGCGCUUUCAGUUGAUCAAUCUGAAGGGAUCUUUGUCCCUCAUUGACGCUUCAUCAGACAAGUACCUUGAGAUUUGGAUGUUGAACAAUUAUGAUGAGAAAGAGUGGAUUUUCAGCUACAGAAUUGAUGGCAGUGCGUUUAUAGCAGCAUGCCCGUACAGAAGUUUUAGGUUUUGGACGUGCGGUGAAUGGGAGCACGGCAUAUUUUUUAAGAAAUCCGAUUGCACCACACUUGAUCUAAUCUUUUUGGAUCUAAGAAGUGCUUCCAUCAACUGUGUAGAAUGUCCGGUAUCAAAAAGGGGAUUGCAUACGAGCGUACUGAGUUAUACCGGUGGUUUGAUUUCCCUUAGAAGUUAUGGGAAUCUGGUGGAACCGAAAACAGGCUCCCGGGAUCUUAAUGCAUUUUCAAACCUGUGGAAGUUUGAUUAG